CUCAGGACUGUUACCUGAUCUGGAAUACCAGCACUGCACUGGAUGUAGGUCACCUCCAUGAGCUGUGAUAUAACGGGGUAGGUCUGGGCACCUCUGCAUUUCAAACCCACAAACAUUACCACACCUGGUUACUCCAUGAGUGUGGGCUCUUGGGGUGCUGCUUCCUCGCUCUCCCUCAUACCCCCAACCCAAUUCUGCUACUGGCAGUGCUGAUAGGAAGGAAGGUUUUAAUGUAGUUUUCUGAAGCAGGAAAGAAGAGGAUCUCACUGCCAGUUUUUUAGGAAGAGGCAGGAGCAUGUAAUGCUCAGUGUCAUGACUAGCAAUGUCUGUGGAACCUGUGCCCCCCAGCACCCUAACGUCCCAUCAGGGACAUCUUGCUGACAAGGAAUUUGAUCCUCAGUUCUCUUCCUCGGUUUUGGGAAAUCUCAGCCUUUGUUCAUACUUGGAAACUCCAGGUCAUGAAUCUGCCCCAGGCAAAUUCUUACACCCCCCCUUGGCUUCUCAUCUGCCCCAGGAGAGCAGUGAGAGCCAGGUGGGUCUGGGAAUUCAGGUAUCAGCACUGCAGUCCUGUUUGGUAACGUGUUAUUGUGUCUCUGCUGGGUGAGUCACAUCACAGAGCCUGCUGUGACCACAGCCCUGUAGGGAUGUGUGUAUGGUAGAUCGUUUUUCCUACAUCCCAAAAAAGAUGGAUGAAAGCCCAGAUCCCAGCAUGGCUGAGCCCUGAGGCAGUGGUGGGGCCUCUUGGCUGAGGAUGUUUAGGGAAGAUGGGGGGACAAAUAAAGGAAAGAACCUCAAACUAUUUAAAAGUGGGUGUUUAGGGGAAAUAACUUCCUUGCAGAGGCUUACAAAGCCAGUGUCUCCUGAUGAAGAGCACAGGAGGACCAGGCUCGGUGUGAAGCAGUGGCACAGGGACUGUCCCACUUGGUGGCCUCUCCCCAGCCUCAUCCAGCCCCACUGCCUCACCAGGGCUCAUCUCACGAGUGCCCACAUUUCUCUUUCAGCCCUGGACUCCAGCUCCCUGCGGCUGUGCCGGGCAGAGGCACUGGUGGCACUGGGGCACUAUCCACAGGCACUGGAGGACCUGGAUGCCGUGUGCAGGGCUGAGCCUGGGGAGCACGAGGCUUUCUUCAAGAAAGGGAAGGUGCUUCUGGAGAUGGGGCAGAGAGCUGAAGCCCUGCUGGCAUGGGAACACUGCCUGACACUCAGUCCCCAUUUCCAGCCAGCUCGGAGAGAGAUGGAGAAGAUCAUCAUGGAAGCUGAUGCUCCUCAGCCAUGUGCAGCUGCACACCUGGGUGAUGCUCACCUGAGCUCAGCUGGUUCCCAGGUCGAUGGAGGGAGCCCAGUGCUCCCAUCUUCCACACAAGCUCAGGGUCAGGAGGGAGAGCUGGCAGAUGGCCGAGGGGAUGCUGAGUCUGAGCACAGCCAGGACACAGCCACCCUUUCCCAGCCGGGACAACGGCAGGAACCGGAGACUUGGGCAGAGAGUCAGGGCCAGUGGAGUGACAUCAAAGGUAACAAGGAGGAAACAGCAGCAAAGUGUACCCAGCCAUGCCUUGGGGAGUCACUGAGCAUAUCUGACUUGGAGUGCUCCCUCUGCAUACGGAUGUUCUUUGAGCCGGUGACGACGCCCUGUGGUCACACCUUCUGCAAGGAGUGCCUCGAACGCUGCCUGGACCACCGGCCCAACUGCCCCCUCUGCAAACACAGCCUGAGAGAGUUCCUGAAGGCUGGGAGGUACAGCCCCACAGUGCUGCUGCAGGACAUCAUGCUGGCCAUCUUCCCCACACAGCUGGCUGAGCGCCGGGAGCUGCACCGGGCAGAGAUGGCAGAGCUCUCCAACCUGACCAAGAACAUCCCCAUCUUCGUGUGCACCAUGUCCUUCCCUGGCAUCCCCUGCCCUCUGCACGUCUUCGAGCCUCGGUACCGCCUGAUGAUCCGGCGGUGCCAGGAGAGCGGCACCAGGAGGUUUGGCAUGUGCAUAUAUGAGAAUGGGAAAAGCUUUGCUGACUAUGGCUGCAUGCUGGAGAUCCGUCAGGUGGAGCUGCUGGCAGACGGGAGGUCCCUGGUGGACACCAUCGGCCGGCAGCGGUUCCGGGUGCUGAGCCGCGGCCACAGGGACGGCUACCACACUGCUGACAUCGAGUACCUGGAGGACAAGAAGGUGUCUGGGGAGGAGCUGCAGGAGCUGCAGUCCCUGCACGAGAGCACCUAUCGCCUGGCCCAGCGCUUCUGUGAGCACGGAGACCUCACCUCCAGACACAUCCUGAUGCAGCAUGGACCACUGCCUGAGAAGGAAGAGGACAUCCAGGCUUCAGCAGACGGCCCGACGUGGUGCUGGUGGCUCAUCUCCAUCCUGCCGCUGGACCCCUCGUACCAGCUGAACCUGUUGUGCUGCACGUCCCUGCGCUCCCGGCUGUGGCAGCUGCAGCACGUCCUGACAGCGCUGCUGCAGCAGCCCCCGCCCCGCCACCUCCUGCCCGAGCGCAGCCCCCGCGCCCGCGUCUGACCAUGGCCUCCCCCCUGCCUUUCUCUGUGUGCUGCUCCACGGUCUGUGUGUGCUUUGAGCCCCCCUAUCAAUCCCCAAAAAAAGUGACCUCAGCGAUGAGCUGUGCCCAGCUGUGCCCAGCUGUGCUGGCGGUGACGCUGCGCCGUCCGUGCCACCUCUGGGAGUGCUCGGUGCCGCUGCUGCUGUGCUGUGCCACCAAAGGGACACAAAGGGACUGGGCUGCACAGCUGGCUUGUGUCUCCACAGCCAGGAUCACUUGCUGAGGGGCUUCUGCACUGAGGAAGGCUCUCCUUAGGGCAGAGGACUGAGUGCAGGGGUUGACUCAGUUUUGGUUCUUCCACUUUGAAAGACAGCUUAGGGGUUUUGGCAGAUGAUCCUAAUUCACACAGGAAAUUUAGAGGUUGGGGAGAAGUGGCAUUUGGGGAAGCAGAGAAGUUCCAAUGGCUUCCCCCAGCCUUGGGAGCUGACAGCUCUGCCACUGUUUACAGCUUUGACUUAGUUUGUGUUUGAACCAGAAGAAAGGCUAAAUUAAACAAUCUGAAACUCUU